UCAGACAACACACCUUUUCUUCACCGACAGUCAGUUUUCUCGUUAUAACCUCACGAGUCAUCCGUUUCUGCAUCUUUGGUGGGGCAAGGAGCAUCAUUCAUUCCAGCUGUUGGAAACUAAGCGAGUCUUCGGUGCAGCAUCUUAUCGCGGCGCACGGGCAAUGCCACGCGCUGAUGACAUCGUUUCCUGCUUAGUUUUUGGCUCACACUGAACUGGAGCCAUAACGUACAGUAUGAAAAUCACAUUUGGCUCCGUGGUGGUCGGCGCGGGUUUAACGGGUGUGCUUAGUUUCAGCUGUUUGACACUCGCCAUUGGAACUGAGUAUUGGUACAUCAUUGAAGACAAGCGCACUAACCACACAGACCCGCCGCACAUGCACUCUGGACUUUGGGGAGUUAUAGAUGAUGCACCAAGUCAUAAAGAAGCCUCUUCAAGAUAUUCAGAGUCAGAGAAGCAGAUGGAGAUCAUGCACAGUGUGAUUGCCAUUUUACUCCCCUUGAGUGUGGUGAUGCUGGUGUUUGGAGGCAUCUGUGGCCUUGUCAGUUCCCUCGCCAGAAGUCGGACGUUGCUGAUCGGAUCUGCUUCAUAUUUUCUUCUGUGCAGUCUUCUGACUCUCUCUGGGGUGAGCCUGUACAUCAGGUACUCUCAGAAGGCUCUGGAAGAGACAGAAAAGCGCAUGGGGCGUGAACAGAUGGCACAGGUACACACAUCGUUCGGCUGGUCUAUGGACAUGGCAUGGCUCUCUUAUGUCUUGGAGGUUUUAACAGGCCUUCUCCUACUGGUGGCGGCCAGGUUGGUACCUCUGAACCAGUAUGAAGAUUCUGUGGCGCCCAUAUAGAAGUUCUCUCGUGCUCUUCACCUUGCCUGAAUUUCAAAUAAUUAUUUGUGCCAAAAUGUGGAUGCCACAGAUUUGGUGUAGGUAGAGACAAUUUUUGUGAACAUUUUCACCUGUUUCACACCUACCAUGUGUUCAUUAAGAUGAAGGCACUCUUCUCGGUCACAUCUCAUGAUCGCUAUUUGUUAAUAUGGGGAUCGAAUUUAGAGCAUACAGUGAAUGCACGGUUUAUAUUUCGAUUGACGGGGAACACUCCCGAUCAGCGAUAAGUAUCCCACUUUGCUUGAAUAGACGAUUUCGCAAGAUGUAAGAGCUACGGAAGCACCUCCGGAUCCAUUUUUUUAAACCUUAUUUAAUAAUUCUAUGAUUUGUUUAACAUUUAGAUUUAACCGGUUAAAUUCCGCACUCAAUUUUCACACCUUUUGUAUAUAAUUGGUUGUAAAUGUCCUCUUUUUUGUGUGUGAAAUCUAUUGGUUUCUUUCUGCUGGAUUCCUGUUGUCUAUGUUUUGCAUUUCACAUCAUUACCGUCGGAUUCAAAUAACGAAUAGAAGCAGUGCCCUUAUUGUACAUUAUAGAUAUAAAUAGAUGUUUUAUGCAUGCUUGUUCAUUAAAUACGUGUAUUUCAUGAAAAGGCAUUUCUGAGAGAAAUUGAUUUGAAUUCUGCAUUUUCAAUAGGUUUAUUUUUGUUGUGUCUGUGUGAUGCAGGUUGAAGUCAAGACUGUUUUCUGCUUUUGCUUUUAUUAACUGUAUGGGUGAUCUGUUAUUUACGGAUCAGGCACUUUAGAAAACAUGUGCUAUGGCGGAUGUAUUGGAUGGCAUAUCGAAUUGUGUUUGUUUGUCAUCUCAUGUCAAGAAUCCCUGAGAUGGAAAAUAUGCUGCUUUCGUAAAUACUGCUCUGUUUUUUCUUUAAACAGUUUCUCAGUUAAUCAGAGUAUUUGUGUUUUUGAUGGCAUUGCACUUUAACUUGAUUGGUAUCUGUUGUUGUCUGUCAUAUAUUUGUUACGGUCCUGUCAAAAAGAGUUUUAUUGUAAUCGUGCCACAUAUUAUUCUGCUUUUGAUUUAUGCCACAAGCAGGGAACAUUGUUUCCAGUCAAAUAUCCCUCAACAUGAUUGUAGAUGUGACCUUUUGGAUAUGAUCUUUGUAAACUUUGGUGUUACUAGAAAAUGUCAGUAUAAAGAUUUUAUUUAUCAAAAGGUUGGAUUUUCCAUGACUAACAGACAAACAACAUCAAGUAAAAGUGUAAUUUUCCUAAUCCUUUUAUUACACGCAGGAUUAAAAGCGCAAAUGUAGUUUACAUGGACACUGGAAGUCAAUCAUGAGAAUUCCUGUAAUUUUAGCACACUUGACAGAUUUUACAACUCAUAAUGAAUGUAAAUUGUAACACUCUUUAAAUAAGAGUCAUGCAGUGGGUUUAAUUAUGAUAACAGGAUGAAAGUGACCAUUGGGGUUCUGCUUUAACGCACUGUCUAUUGGAGACAAGAAAUCAAGUUCAUUUUCAGGUGUGAAAAGAAAAUUGAACAAGUGGGGAACAAGGCAGUAUUUUAUUAUCAUUAUGAUGCCUUGUUGUUUGAAGACACAAAAUACAUGCCCGAAUCCUUCUUUCCAAACUGAAAUUGAUGAUGUUUGAUUUGUGUAAAUUACAGCUUUCCUUUGAAGAAUUGACUGGCCAGAUUCCAAACUGCAUCCCAAACAUCUGUAAAUGUUUUAUGUUAUCGAGUUGUACAGUAAUAGCAUUUUGUUGCAAUUUUGUCAGCUUAUAGUCCAUGCAUCUGAACCCACAAUACAGAAUUAUGAGAAUGUUUCUCAGAGAUGUUAUGUUGUUGAAGCCUCCGUAAGUGGCACAGCCCUAAACAAGCUCCAAUUGAUGCUUCAUACCUUAAAGACACAUCCAAAUAUUCAAUUUGUAGAUUUUGUACAAAUGUAUAUACUGUAUCUUUUCGUAUGUAGAAUGUGAAUGUGAAUAGAUUUUAGAUUGUUUU